AUGACGAUCCAAGAAUAUGGUCUCAAGUUUAAACAACUCGACAGACAGGGUCAAGGAGGUGGAAAUUGUAGAACUCAGUCAACAGCUUCAUCAGCACCAGCAAGUCACCCGAUUCAGCAGGGUAACUCAUGUGGUACAGGUGGGUGUCAGCGUCAGAACAUAUUGUAUUCUCUUCAGGUUCGCCAAGAUCAGGAAGGUUCUCCUAAUGUAGUUAUUGAAGUCCAGUUCAUUGUCAGUCCAGAAACUCCCUCAGAACUUUUCUCAGUCGCUACACCAGUGAGUGACCCAGUAAUAACUAGAAAGAAAGAAAAGGAGAAGAAGGAAAUGGAGGAGAAGGACAAGGAGAAGAAGGAAAAGGAGGAGAAGGAGAAGGAGAAGGAGUCGAAGCAGAAAGACAAGGAUAAGGAUAAGGAGAAGGGCAAGCAGAAUGAGAAGGAGGAUAAUGAGAAAGAGAAGGAGAAUCAGAAAGAAAAAGCCAAAGCAAAAAUGAAUGAAAAGAAAGUCGAGGUCGUCAUUUGUGAUGUGAAGUGA